GGCAUAACCGCAUAAGCAUAGUCACGCCUAACCCUCUCGCUUCGCUUUACCCUUUAGUCAGACCCAACCAAACCCAUUUGUAUUGACUGUAAAGUCUCUCUUCUUAAAAAAGCAACACAACACUGUAGAGCCCUUUUUUGCUAUCCUGCGCAUCACCACCUCCUCCUCCGCUCCGGCACCAUGGGAAAAGGCGGUGCGCUAAGCGAUGGAGUCAUCAAGAAGAUCUUCCUCUCCUACACCUACGUGGCGAUCUGGAUCUUCCUCAGCUUCUCCGUCAUCGUCUACAACAAAUACAUCCUCGACAAGAAGAUGUACAAUUGGCCAUUCCCGAUCACGCUCACCAUGAUCCACAUGGCUUUUUGCUCCUCCCUCGCCGUCGUACUCAUCAAAGUCUUCAAAGUCGUUGAGCCAGUUAAAAAUAUGACGCGAGAGACUUACAUCAGAUCUGUUGUCCCCAUCGGUGCUUUGUACUCUCUCUCUCUCUGGCUCUCCAAUUCGGCUUACAUCUACCUCUCCGUCUCCUUCAUUCAGAUGCUUAAAGCUCUGAUGCCUGUCGCCGUUUACUCAAUCGGGGUACUCUUAAAGAAAGAAUCUUUCAAAUCGGAGACGAUGACCAACAUGCUCUCCAUCUCUUUCGGUGUCGCCAUUGCUGCUUACGGCGAGGCUAAGUUCGAUACUUGGGGAGUGAUGCUUCAGCUUGGUGCUGUAGCUGUUGAGGCGACGAGGUUGGUUCUGAUCCAGAUCUUGCUCAGUUCUAAAGAUAUCAAACUUAAUCCAGUCACUUCUCUGUACUACGUUGCUCCUUGUUGUUUGGUGUUCUUGUUUUUCCCAUGGAUCUUCGUUGAGCUCCCUGUUCUCAGGGAAACGUCGAGCUUCCACUUCGAUUUCGUGAUUUUUGGAACUAACUCUGUGUGUGCGUUUGCUUUGAACCUUGCUGUGUUCCUCCUCGUUGGAAAAACCUCGGCUUUGACCAUGAAUGUUGCUGGUGUGGUUAAAGAUUGGCUUUUGAUUGCUUUCUCUUGGUCUGUGAUUAAAGAUACUGUCACUCCUAUCAAUCUGUUUGGCUACGGGCUUGCGUUCUUGGGUGUUGCCUAUUACAAUCACUGCAAGUUGCAGGCUGCUAAGGCUGAGGAUGCUCUGAAGAAGGUUCAGCAAAGUGAUGAAGAAGCUGCUGGGAAGCUUUUGGAAGACAGGGAAAGUGAAGGUGCUGCUAAACGGAAUGAAACAGAAGACUGAUUUGAUUGAUGAGAAUGGAUGAAUGAUGAUCAUAGGAUUGUGAAUCAGAAGAAUGUGUGGGAUUGUGAGGAACUAGUGCUCAAAGGGUUAAGAUGAUUUUUUGGUAGCUUUGGAGGGAAUUUUUCAGCAGGAUUUUGCGCAUCUCUUUUGGUUCACUGUUUUUUUGCGUUAGGUAUGAUCAUCUUCGUCUUUGCCAUUCUCUGUUUUAUGAGUUAUAGUUGUUUUAAGUUAUGGGCUAAUUAUUAUAUAAUUACAGAGUGGAUUUAGUGGUUAUUACAUCUUUGUGAUGCUUAACAAAUGUACCACCCGGAUCUUGUAUUAUUCUAUAGAGUUGUUUCUUAUAAAUCUCUAUGGUCGUCGAUUUGAGAAAUUUUGGAUGUCAAAAGCUAGGCUAUAAAUGUGUUUGAACCACAAAUGA